AAUCAGUGUUUUGGGUCUUUGCAAACGAGUUGAAUCCACUAGAAGAUACAGAAAACGUCGAUGGGUUACCAAGCCCAAAGCUUGGAAUAGAGGUCGCAGAACUCCCAACAGAUGUACCGCCGCCGAAACUUGGAUUAACACCUGGAGCCUGUGAAGUUGCUUGUUUGUUAAAACCGGGAGAUUUGGGUGUCUGGCUUAGGAACCCAAAAGGCGAAGAGG